AAACAGGAAUUCGGGAACGCGCCUCCCAUCUGCGGCGCGCUCCUGGCUGCUUUUCACAGAAUGGAGCUGGAAGGAAUCGGUGUCAUAGUUAUAUUACGAAGCUAUGAAGUCGGUAACACCGGUGAAAACCGUUCAAUGAACACGGACAACAACUGAAAAUCACAAUAUUGCAUGUGCCGAUCAACUGUAGCAGUUUGUUGGAUACAGAGGAAAACCUUGUGGAUUUGUGACCGUGAUUGUAACCAUCAGGGGGUUUCCUGACCGACUGAGGGCAGUGAGCUUGGCUGCCCAGCAAUACUACACCAAAGAUGGAGCAGCUGUCAGAUGAGGAACUGGACCACACAGAUGGAGGAGAGGAGGACAGUGAUAAAGACGAUCAGGAUCUAGACAAGAUGUUUGGAGCCUGGCUGGGAGAGCUGGAUAAACUCACACAGAGUCUGGAUGAUGGGAGGCCAGAGACAGUCCAGAAGGCCCCUCUCAGACAGGAGACCAACAUGGCUAACUUCUGCAACCGCUUCUCCAUGUACAACAUCAACGAGGCUUUGAACAAGGGUGGAGACGGUGUAGACCUGGAUUCCCUGAUGGCGGACCUGUGUUCCAUCGAGCAAGAGCUGAGCACCGUCGGUAAACCCAAUAGUGGCAAGGGCGUACCGGGCGACGCUAAGCUGCGGCAGAAACCCCCCGCUGGCCGCAGCGGCAGCACCAAGGGGCACGGUGGAGCGGGAGGCAGCGGAGGCAGCAGUACCCGGGCCUCGCCAGCGUCCACGGUCACACCUCGCCGUCCCUUGGCCUCCAACCUGUCCCUGGACGACAUCACGGCCCAGUUGGAGCAGGCGUCUCUCAGUAUGGACGAGGCUGGGAGACAGAGCUCCCACUCCCUGGCUAGUGGCUCCACCUCUUCCUCCUCCUCCUCCACCAUGCGGAGGCCCGCCUCCCAUCACCACACCCACCGCAGGACAGGCUCCGUGGGGACGGUCAGCGAAAACGCGAUCCGCUCCGUGUCCCAAUCCUCUUGGUCGUCGGUGAACUCGGCGUCGGCCAGCAGCAUGGAUUCUCUGGAUAGUUUUCAACGGCCCUCGGAGCGGGACGGGGCAACGCCCACACCACAGGGACCCAAUCAGGGCCCCCCGGGCAGUACAGAGCACUCCUAUCUGGACUGGGAAACCUCCCUGAUUCUGCAAAAUAUAGCAGGGAAGCCCUCUCACUUGCUGACCAAGGAGGAGCAGGUUGCCAAGAAGAAGGCAGAGAAAAUCCGUGUGGCUUUGGAGAAGAUCAAGGAAGCCCAGGUUAAAAAGCUGGUGAUCAGAGUCCACCUGUCAGAUGAGAGCUCUAAAACCAUGAUGGUGGACGAGAGACAGACUGUCAGACAGGUUCUGGACAGCUUGUUGGACAAGUCCCACUGUGGCUACAGUCCUGACUGGUCCCUGGUCGAGACCAUCAACGAACUGCAGAUGGAGCGUAUCUUUGAGGACCAUGAGAACCUGGUGGACAGCCUUCUGAACUGGACCAGAGAUAGCCAGAACAGAUUGAUGUUCAUAGAACGCAUAGAGAAGUACGCCCUCUUCAAGAACCCGCAGAACUAUUUGUUGGGGCGGAAGGAGACGUGCGAGAUGGCAGAACGGAACAAGGAGGCUCUACUGGAGGAGUGUUUUUGUGGCAGCUCCGUCUCUGUUCCUGAGAUGGAGGGAGUCCUCUGGCUGAAGGAUGAUGGGAAGAGGAGCUGGAAGAAAAGAUACUUCCUGCUCAGAGCCUCUGGGAUCUACUAUGUACCUAAAGGAAAAGCCAAGGCUUCCAGAGAUCUGGUGUGUUUCCUGCAGCUGGAUCACGUUAAUGUGUACUACGGACAGGACUACCGCAGCAAGUACAAGGCCCCCACGGACUACUGCCUGGCCCUCAAGCAUCCUCAGAUCCAGAAGAAAUCCCAGUACAUCAAGUACCUGUGUUGUGACGACGUCAGAACCCUACACCAGUGGAUCAACGGGAUACGCAUCGCCAAGUAUGGGAAGACCCUGUAUUUAAACUACCAGGAGGCUAUGAAGAGGACUGAGGCGGCCUACGACUGGUCCUCUCUCUCUAGCUCCUCUAUCAAGUCUGGAUCCAGCUCAUCCAGCCUGCCUGAGUCCCAGUCGACCCACUGCAGUAGUGAUAGUGGUGUUGCUGUAUCAGAGAACAACCUGUCAGGCCACAGCCGCUCUCAGAGCCAGGUCAGCUCCAUCUUCUCCGAGGCCUGGAAGAGAGGCACCCAGGAUGAGUUGAGGAUGGAGUCAGCGAGCAGACCCUACCCUCUGACGCUGCCCCCCAUGCACCAGUCAGCCCCCCCAUCCCGAACCAGCUACACCAGUGUCUCCCCCUCCUCCUCCCCCUCUCCCCCCGACCCUCCCCCUCCUCCUCCUCCACCUCCCCCACUCCCCAACCCCCCUCACCAGGCCGCCCCCACCAUGUUCGUUAAGUACAGCACCAUCGCCCGCCUGCAGGGUGGCCCCAACCAGACUGCCAAUCAUUACAACGUCCAACCAAUAGGGCAGCAGCAAGGCCCUCCGGCCCCGCCCCUCCAGUCUGUCAAACCCAACUACAACACCAUGCCAUUGGCUCCCACUCUCUAUAACCCUCCUCUUCCUCCUCCUCCUCCCACCUGCUCCAUGCCUGCUCCAGGCUCUGCCAUGGCCUCUCUGAGGCUUGGCCCCCCAAGCCCUGUUCCUCAGUUCAUCCCUCCGCCCCAGGCCCAGACUCUCCCCCCCCCGCCGCCCUUAGAGGAGGACUACCAGUACCCCCCACUCACUAACACCGGGUUGCAGCAGUUCCUGGCCCAAAAAUUCCCCAAUAUGAACUACGACUUCUCCGAUCUAGAUGGUCAACCUGAAUCUCCUCCUCCUCCUCCUCCUACCUUCUCCCCUCCCGUGUCACCCCCUGCACCUCCCAAAACCUUCUCUGGAGUCUUCCCGCCUCAGACCGCUGCUAAAACCUUUGGUCCAGGUAUCCCCAUGUCCCCAGUCUCACCCUCCCUUCCUUCUGGUCCAAUGAAAAAACAGCAGAGCUUCUCGACAGGCCAUUCGCCCAAUCAGCCGCCUCCCACCAUGCCCAAACAACACAGCUUCUCCUCUAAGACCCUCCCAGUGUCCGCCCCAAUUUCCCCAACCCCCUCCCUGGUCAAACAGAUAGUCAACCAGUUCCCAGGCGCCCCACUUCCCCCUCAUUCUCCCCCAGCGGUCAAGGCCAAACCAAGAUGGCAGCCAGGGGGUCAGAUCCACCCCCAGUCCCCAGAAUUCCCUCCUCCUCCUCCUCCCGAGGACAGCCUGGACUUCCCCCUUCCUCCCCACUCCGUCCCCACCCCCGUUCCUCCCCCUCUCUCCCCCGCCAAGAUGGGCUCUCCUAUUAAGAAAUCUCCUUCGUCCACAUCAACCGGCUCUUUCGGGAAGAGAGGUCCUCCUCCCACUCCCCAGCGCGCCUCCUCCAUCAAAUCUAACUCCUCGGGGGAGUACCAGGAGGAGGUCCAGGUCCAGAGGCAACCUAAGAAGGUGGAGUCUCUGGUCAGUAUGUUUGCCCAGCCUGGCCUCGGCUCCUGCAACUCCUCUGCUGUCUCUUCUUCCUCUGGAUCUCCUGUUAAGGAUUCGGGGCCUCCUGCUCCUCCUAAACCAGGCAAGCUGAACCUGUCAACCCUCCCUCUAGCCCUCCAGGGUCUGCAGACUGGGCAGCACCGCCAGCCCAGUGGAGACUUCCCAUCUCCUCCUUCGGAGCUCGAUUAUUUCCCACCUCCUCCUCCCGACUCUGAGCUUCUCCCACCUCCUCUCCCAUCUGAGCUCCACCCGGGUGGGGGGGCCCCCAGGGUCGCAGUCGUCAACCCUCAGCCGCAGGCCACGCCCAUCUCCCACCCCGUCAGCCAAUCGUCGUGGAAGACCCAGUCUCUGAAGAAAACUCCGCCUCCGACACUACACAGGCUGUCCCGGAGCAACACGGUCCAGGACCCUUUACCAUUGUCCCCUCCGCCCUUCGGCUGUCCCCUGGCCCCUACCCUUCCCGGAGGGUCUAAAGGCGGGGGCGGUACCCUCUCCACGGUCCAACCCAACUUCCUGGAAGAUCUGAACCGGACCUUGAAGAGGAAAUCCAUCACUCGUCACGGUUCCCUCACUCGUCACGGUUCCUCCAGACUGGAGCCUGUCUCCAUGGACGACAUGUCCCUCCCUCUUCCUCCUCCUCCAGAGCUGCUGCUGGACCAGCAGAGGAGGGGUGGACAUGGCGGGAGCCACGGUUACAUGUCCUCAGGCUAUGCAACGUUACGGCGGGGGCCGCGCCCUGCCCCGCCCAAACGGGACCAAAGCACCAAACUUACGGGAGAGUGGUAGCUCGGUCGGUAGCAAGGGGGUGGAUAGUGGUGGUAGCUAGGGAGAAGAGGACGACUAGGACUGAGCUACCCAGUCUAUAGACCCAUCAGGGCUACAGACUGACUACAGCCCAUAGACCCAAUCAGGCUACAGACUGACUACAGCCCAUAGACCCAUCAGGGCUACAGACUGACUACAGCCCAUAGACCCAUCAGGGCUACAGACUGACUA